UCAGUCGCAGUCGGUUUAUCGGCCGACCCGCAUCGCUCGCCGCGCGCAAACUCCAUUCCACACGCAUACAUCCAGCAGAGCCCACUGUACAUACGCGCACACACACCUUAUAUUUACGCGGUAUAUACGCGACUAUAGUCUCCGAGAGCGGCGCGCGCGCACUCGCUCCCCGCCACUGGCUUGCGCUCUUUACUCUCUCGCGCUCGCUCGCUCGCACUGACGCAGUUUUCCACCCCGCGCUUUCGAUUUUCGCAGAGAGAGAGAGAGAGAGAGAGAGAGAGAGAGCCGCGCUAACUCGUUCACGUCUCUUCUCGCUCCUGACGUAAUUUAACAAGCAGACUCGCGCCAGUCGGCUUCCUGGGUGGCGAGUAUCGUCGGCUCGGUCAUUUUCUACUUUCGACUCGGGAGGGAAGGUGCGUGCGCGAGCCCGAGCUGCAGAAGACGGACAGUUGGCAAGGAAUCCGAGACGCGAUAUAGACGAGGGAGAGUCUCAUCAUGGCCGACAGGAUAUACCAGCCGAAUCCUGAGCUCGCCAGGGCGGCUCACUGCAAGAGCAUGGAGCAGUACAAGCGAAUGCACGAGAGGUCGAUAAAGCAUCCGGCACAAUUUUGGGGCGAAAUAGCCAAGGAAUUCUACUGGGAGACGCACACGACUGAGGACAAAUUCUUCUCUUACAAUUUUGACCUGAAUGCGGGUGACAUCUACAUCAAGUGGAUGGAAGGAGCCUCUACGAAUUUGAGCUUCAAUCUGCUCGACAAGAACGUCAAGAACGGAAAGGGCGAUCAAGUGGCCUUUUACUGGGAGGGCAAUGACCCGGACGACUACUCUCGUCUCACUUACCGGAAGCUCCUGGAGGAGACCUGUCGUUUCGCCAACGUGCUCAAGUCGAAAGGCGUGCAGAAGGGCGACCGCGUGGCCAUCUACAUGCCCAUGAUCCUCGAGCUGCCCAUAGCGAUGCUCGCCUGCACGAGGAUCGGCGCAGUUCACAGCGUCGUGUUCGCAGGUUACUCGGCGGACUCGCUGGCCGAGCGCAUGCUGGACUCGAAGGCCAAGGUCCUGGUCACGGCUGACGGGGUCUGGCGCGGGGAGAAGCUUCUGCUGCUCAAGACCAUCUGCGACGACGCCCUCGACAAGGUUAAGAAGCACGGACACCAGGUCGAGAGCUGCAUCGUCGUGUCGCAUCUCAGGCGGCUCAGCGCUCCCCAGGGCAAGAACGAAACCCCUCACGCGAAUGGCGCGACGAACGGAAAUUCGAACGGCGACUCGCAGCAGGUGCCCUGGGACGACGACAGGGACGCUUGGUGGCACGACGAGAUGGAGGACGCCGAGGCGAGUUGCUAUCCCGUCUGGAUGAACGCCGAAGAUCCGCUCUUUAUUCUGUACACGAGCGGCUCAACGGGAAAGCCCAAGGGUGUCCAGCACACGACGGCCGGCUACUUGAUAUACGCCGCGACGACUUUCAAAUACGUCUUCGACUAUCAUCCCGGGGACGUGUACUGGUGCACUGCUGACAUCGGCUGGAUCACCGGGCACACCUACGUCGUUUACGGACCCCUCGCCAAUGGAGCCACGUCCGUCUUGUUCGAGGGCACACCGUUCUAUCCGACGAACGACAGGUACUGGUCUGUCGUCGACAAGUACAAAGUCAAUCAGUUCUACACGGCGCCAACCGCAAUUCGGUCACUCAUGAAAUUCGGCGACGACCACGUGAAGAAGCACGAUCUGAGCACGCUCAAGGUUCUCGGCUCGGUGGGCGAGCCGAUCAACUCGGAAGCUUGGCUCUGGUUCUACAACCUCGUGGGUCACGGUAAGUGCAGCAUAGCCGACACGUUCUGGCAGACCGAGACCGGCGGUCACGUCAUCACACCGCUGCCCGGCGCGACGCCCAUGAAGCCUGGCUCAGCCAGCUUUCCGUUCUUCGGCGUACAACCCGAGCUGCUGGACGAGGACGGCCACGUGAUCGAGGGCGAAGGCGAGGGAUAUCUCGUGUUCCGCAGGCCCUGGCCCGGCAUGAUGCGCACGCUCUACGGCAACCACGAGCGAUUCCAGAGCACGUACUUCGACAGGUUUCACGGAUUCUACUGCACGGGCGACGGCGCUCGAAGGGAUAAAGACGGCUAUCUCUGGGUCACCGGCCGUAUCGACGACAUGUUGAACGUGUCCGGUCACCUCAUGUCCACCGCCGAGGUCGAGAGUGUGCUGGCGGAACACUCUUCCGUCGCCGAAGCCGCCGUCGUCAGUAAACCUCACCCGGUCAAGGGCCAGUGUCUCUACUGCUUUGUUACACCCAACGAGGGCAAGCCCUUCGAUAAGAAACUCCAGGAUGAGCUCAAGAAAAAGGUUCGCGAAAGAAUCGGUCCGUUCGCCCAGCCGGACGUGAUCCAGCACGCUCCAGGUCUGCCGAAAACUCGGUCCGGCAAGAUAAUGCGACGGGUGUUGCGAAAGAUCGCGAUCGGCGACAAGAACGUCGGCGACGUCUCGACGCUGGCUGACGAAGGUGUCGUCGACCUUCUCUUCUCUCUGAGGCCGCAACAAGUCUAAGGAGACAUCCUGCACAACACUCCACAGAUAAUCGAUCGCCACGACGGUUUCUGUCGACCUUCGGACAUGUAUUGUUGUCACGAUCCGGUUUCCUCGUAUAGCUGUAAUGUAUUUUUUUAAAAACGACGCGGAGUGAGGAAGUGUCGUACGCGUUUUCGAGUGGAGCGAUUAGAAAUGACUACAAUAGGCGCUAAAUUUAUUUAUGAAAAAAUUCAAAGCAAUUCCUUGCCAGAUUGUCGCUGAGACCAGAAUGGAAAAAGCGAUUUAAAGAGAAAACGAAAGCAGAAUUUCGUUGCCAUCGAAUCAAUUCCCAAGUUCGAGGAAGCAAAGGAGCCCAGAGAAUACACAGAGAGAGAGAGAGAGAGAGAGAGAGAGAGAGAGAGAGAGAGAGAGAGAGAGAGAGAGAGAGAGAGAUAGCGAUCGAGACGAGUCGACGAAAGUAAAAUUAUUGUUGCUGCGCGAGUGGAAAAUAGCGUCGACGUUUUCUACAGCGCGAGAAAUCUAGCUAGAUAUUAAAGUGCACACAUUUUCGCUUGCAUGCGCGCGAGUGAGUGAGUGAGUGAGAGAGAGAGAGAGAGAGAGAGAGAGAGACAGCGCGACGUAUAUUAUAGGGAGUACAAAGAAAAGAAGUAUACGUUGUACGUGCAGAGCCGACGAUUUUAGAGUAGCCGUGUAAUGAUUAUUUUAGAGAAACUGGGGAAAGCUCGGAAUUGAGUAGCGACGGUAGGUUUUGCUCUCCGAAGCGUGUAAUUAUUCUUUCAUUGCAUUUCUCGAGGGAAUUUAUGCGCAGUGUGUUGCCUUGAAAAAAUGCAAAGCUCGUGAUCUCAAGAAAUACGAUUUGUCAUAUCCGCGCGGAUAAUCUCGCUGCUCGAUUCGGUGUCCUCGUUUUUUUUUUCUUCUUUUUUUUUUCUCGCUUGUCGCUAGACCAUAUUAGUUUCCUGUUUUAAUCGUUAGUUCAUCUCCGCUAGAUACAAAAGAGGGUUUGCCCACAAAAGAGUCGUCAGUUCCUUCUUUAUUAUAGGGGUCUUCCGUGGUGCUGCGGACGUUUUGAAAAAAGCACACAUUGUUAAAGCUCACGGCGACGCGCUGCUUUGUCGAGAAAAAAAUUUUUCUAU